AUGAAGUUUGUUACUAUCAUCACUGCUAUCAUGAGUGUUGCGGCGGCUACAGCUAUCUCAGCUGAACUUCAAGAGCGUCAAUGUAUUCCUAAUGGAUCUGUCCCGUGUGGAAGCAAUAAUGAUGUCUGCCAGCCUAUUACCACAGGAUGCAAACAAAAAUCCUCAGGCUCUAGUUAG